AUCGAAACAGUUCCGAAGAUGCUCUCCAUCGUGAAGGAUUUGCUUUGCUUGGCCGGUGUGUACGCUACCGUUCUGUGGCUUUAUCACUACUUCCUAGAGCCUCUGUGCGGAAUUGUUUGGGGAUCAGUUCGGUGUUUGUUGUGGCGGGAGAAACUUCCGAUACGGUAUGGACCGUGGGCAGUGAUCACCGGUGCGACGGAUGGAAUUGGCAAGUGCUACGCGGAAAAAUUGGCUGAGAAAGGGUUAAAAAUAUUACUGAUUUCACGAACCGAGUCCAAAUUGAUCAAAGUAGCCCACGAGCUGGAGAAAAAGUAUGACGUUGAGACUAAAUGGAUUGCCGUGGAUUUCGCCAAUGGUCCGGAGAUCUACGAUCGUUUGCGGCAGCAGCUGGCAGAGUUUGAUAUUGGACUGCUAGUAAACAACGUUGGUUUCCUACCGCCACUGGUCAGCUUCGAUCGAAUUUCGGAAACGGAUCUGCUCGAUUUGAUCCACAUCAACAUGAUGUCCGCUACGAUGCUGAUGCGAAUGGUCCUCCCCGGGAUGAAGGCACGCCGGAGGGGAAUCGUGAUAAAUAUAGCAUCCACUUCCGGAGACGUUCCGGUUCCGUAUAUGGCCGCCUACGGAGCGACAAAGUCCUAUUUGAAGAGCCUGAGUGUGGCGCUGCAGGAUGAACUACGCGGAACGGGUGUCGAAUGUCAGCUCGUGACACCCGGCAUGGUCCGAACGAAUCUCAGUCGAACAUUCUACGACAAGAUGCCCUGGUAUAUUGUGAUUCUGAGUGCCGAACAGGUUGCCCGGCAUGGAGUGUUUUUGAUUGGGAAAACGUGGCACACCUGCGGACAUUGGUUCCACUGUAUACAGGUCUGUUGGUAUCCACUGCUUCCUUUGAAGGCAACCGUGCGAAUCAUAGGCAGUAUCAUUAAAGGUACAGCUAAUAAGGUUCAUUAACUUUAGCAAUUUUAUCCUCUCAGAGUGUGUGUGUAUAAAUGUUAAAUCUCUUUAAA